AUGAGCAAACCAAAUAAAGUUACUAAAUCCUCAGCUGUUAAAACUUCAGCUAAAGCAUCUUCAUCGUCUAUUAAAGCACAAGAAGCAAAGAAGAAAAUCGUUUUCCGUCCUAUUCUUGAUAAUCCAUAUACACAAUCGAAUGUUUGGCCAUUUAUUGAACCACAAUUAGGUAUUGAUAUUAUUGAUUUAUUAGAAAAUAUUUUAAAAACAAAUAAAGAUUCAAAAGAGAUAUAUCAUGGUUUUAAUUCAACAGUAGGAACACUAGAGAAACAAGCAGCUUAUAAUAGAGGUAAAACAAAUGAUCCAAUACCAUCACAGAUCAAAUAUGUUUUUGUAUGUAAAUUUGAUAUGACACCUCCAAUACUUACAAGUAUGUUUCCUGUAUUAUGUAUGACAUCUUCAAAGAAUGAUCAAAAUAUGGUUAAAUUAAUUCAAUUACCUAGAGGAAGUAUUGAAAGAUUAUCAAAAGCACUUGGAAUUGAUAAUAGUGGAAUUAUAGGAAUAACAGAGAAUUUAACUCAAGCAAGACCGUUAUAUGAUUUGAUAAAUGAAAAUGUCAAAAAUGUGGAAGUACCAUGGUUAAAUGGGAUCUUUAAUAAAGAAGUACCAUUUGAAGUUCCUAAUAUUAAACAAAUCCAAACUACACUAGGUGAUAAAAAAUCCACUAAGAAAAAUGUAUAG